GUUUAUAAAUUUUGUUCUUUGUGUGAAUAAUGACUCCUUUAUGAAAUAAGCUAUUCAUCCUCGUUGAACUGGUCUCACAAGUGUUUUCAAACGACGGUUCAUCACGUCACUUACCAUUUGCAAAAGAAAAACUUUUGCUAUAAAUGGUAAUUUUGUUGUUUAUUAUUGUUUACUUUGUCUCUUCAUCUUAUUCUUGUUUUCUUCUUCUUCUUCUUUAAUACUAAAGCUUUUACAAAAAUGCAAAAAGUGGCUAAUUUAUCUAAUAUAAACCUGUCCGAGGAAGAUGCCGUUGCAGGUAAAUAUAUUACAAGUAAAUUAUGUAUUGUUACUCACAUACUAAAAAUAGGCAUGUCAAAUCGUAUACGUCUAGCAAAAGCAGAACAGGCAAAAAACGAUAGUCGAUGGGCAGACAAAAUGAGAAGUCUGGUUCAAGUUCAUGAAUACCUUUGUCAUAUUGGUGAAGCCAUUGAAUGGAUAGAAAGUUUUCUGGGUGAAAAAAUAGACGAUAAUGACAAUAAAGAAGCCUCCAUUGUUCAUCUUGAAAAGACACUACAUGAUGGUGUGGUGUUGGCAAAACUAGCUCAAAAGAUACACCCAGGUAUCAUUUCAAGUAUUAUUUCAGGAGAUGCCAAGUUUAAGUUUCUUAGAUCGAAUAAUAUCAAUGCCUUUCUACAAGUAUUAAAAGAAGUGGGUUUACCCAGUAUAUUUUGGUUUGAAUUUGUAGAUUUAUAUGAUGGAAAAAAUAUGCCCAAAGUAAUUUAUUGUAUACACGCUCUCAGUCAUCUUUUAUACUCAACUCAAGUAGCGCCAGCCAUUAAAAAUCUACAUGGUGAAUUCAACUUUUCAGAAGACAUCCUUGUUGCUACUCAGCGUAGUCUCGAAAAAUCAGGUGCAACCAUGCCCAACUUUAACAACCUUGGUUCUUCUUUACAAAAAGAAUUAGAUGGAAAAAACAACAAAAAGUACGCAUUUAGGCCUAUUGAAGAGCCUAUUCUAUUGGAUGAUCCCAUCACCAUGAUACCCGCACUUCGCAACCGCAAUAGUAUUGGUAAUAGCAAAAACCCUACGCCGGACCUGAUUGCCUACGACUCAGAUACAGAGUCUAAAUUAUCAGAUGCUGACGAAGACGACGAUAGCGUAGAUUAUCAUCAACACCCCAUGACGCUUCAGACCCUCAAGUUCCUAGAUGCUACCAACGACUCUUCUAUCAGUAGCUCAGAAUCAGACCUAGACGAGUACCACCAUGGCAGUCUUUCGUCGGACGAAGAAAGUAGCGAUGGCGAUGGUAUACGAGAACAUACGCUCGAACGGCAUUUUUCAAAACCCGAAAACCAAAAUUUGCUUGUCACCGCUCAAGGCUGUAUUCGUGCUUAUAUGGCAAAGAACAAGAUGCAAAAGAUCAAGGAUCAACACUACUACCAGUCCUACCACGCUCAGACACAGCAAAGCAAGGUCAAUACGUUCUGGAUAAAUCAAAAACUAGGCGAGAAACGAAUGCAGUACUUUGCCUCACCCGAAACCUGGGUUAUCUCGCUGCAAGCUAUGAUUCGAAGACACUUGGCUAUGAAUAAGCUGCGGUACCAGAUCAGAGAUGGCUCUCAAGGGCUCAAUUAUGCACGUCAACAAGGUUUAGCUAGCGCUCAGCUCCAUGAAAAUACACUUCAACAACUCAAAUCCGAAAAGAAUCCACCCAUUGGCGUUGUCAAGAGCGUACUUCAUAUGUUGAGUAAUAAUGAUGUGGAUUUCCAUGAAGAUCUAGUGAUUGAGGAGCUGCGACAAAAGGUCAUCGAAUCAAUUCGUGAAAACAAUCAGCUAGAUAGCCAAGUGAGCAUGAUUGAUGUCCAAAUUGCUCUAUUACUCAAAAACGUCGUCACUCUUGAUGAAGUAGUCAAGCUGAGCAACGCCUUCUUUCACCGUAAUCGCAAGAUGCAGCAGCAGCGUAAAUUCUCUGAGCUCGUCUCGGGUAAUUCCCAAAACCACGAUCUAAGAAGUGUAGACAAGACCAGUCGAGAGAAAUUGGAGCUCUAUCAGCAACUUGUUUAUCUCUUACAGACCGAGCCCAUGUACCUUGCAAGAUUGAUGUCUGUUGCAGGCGGCCACAGUGAACGAAAGGGGCAGAGAAAGCUCGAUGCAACGGUCUUGGCCUUGUUUGGAUAUGGUACAAACGCUAGAGAAGAGUGUCUAUUGAUCAACCUUUGCAAGGCUUGCAUUGUGCAAGAGAUAAAGCACGUUCAAAGCAUCCAGGAGUUUAUGCGAGGUAAUUACACGUUUAUGAAGCUUGUUGUCCAAGUGAAUAGAGGAGCAAAAGAAAGAGCCUUUUUCAGCAGCUUAUUUAGCCCACUGGUUAAGAAGGUCAUCAACAACCGAGACCUAGAUUUAGAAACCAACCCUAUGGUGAUCUAUCAAAAAUGCAUCAAUCAGGAAGAACUGGCCACAGGACAGCCUUCCAGCCGACCUUUCAACGUGAAUCAAUCUGAAGCUCUACAAUCUCCAGAUGUGGUUCAGAUCUUAUCAGAGCAUGUUGAGUCGCUACGUCUCAUGACAGACGAGUUCUUGAAUGCUAUUAUUCAGACUGUAAACUCCGUGCCUUAUGGUAUGCGUGCUAUCGCUCGUGAAUUAAGAAUUGUUAUGGAGGAAGCAUUUCCUGAUGAACAUCCAGAAGAGAUCAUCAAGACACUGGGCAACUUCAUUUAUUACCGUUACUUGAGUCCAGCUAUCACAGCUCCAGAGCAAUAUGAUGUCAUUAACUGUGAAGUGUCUCCUAUUCAAAGAAGAAACCUGGCAGAGAUAUCAAAAAUGCUUCAACAAAUUUCGAGUGGAAAAUCAUUUGAUUCUAGAAACACACACCUAAGUGUUCUGAACGAUUAUAUAAAAGAAGCAAGCCAGAAACUAAGUCGCUGGUUUGUAGAAUUGACGGAUGUGGAAGAACCUGAAGAUCAUUUUGGCAUGGACCCCUUGGCUGAUCACACGAGCACGCAGAAGCCCACGGUUUACAUUCAUCCUACAGAACUUUAUCACAUUCAUCAACUCUUGGAAGAACAUGCCGAUUACAUUGAACACCAGAAAUCAGGUAUUCUUCACGCUAUCUUGCAAGACUUGGGUGAAGCGCCUACCGAUGUCAAUUUGACAGUGCCCCUACGUCUUCUUCGUCUUGAACUUGUGGAUCGACGCGAUGGGCUACCUGAUGACACCAAUGGCGGCGGCGAUGUCAAAAAGUUGUUACUAGACACCAAGCGUCUGAUCAUCCUCGUCAUUCAAGUUCAAUCUGGUCCUACAUUGGAAGCUAUCCUGAACGAACCUGUUACAGAGGAGCAUGAACGUAUAUGGGAGAUUGUACGUGAAGAACAGUUCCCAUCAACAGGUACAGACAAAGAAAUUGAAAUGGCAAACCGAGAAAGAAACUUCAAGUUUGGAUACAAGAAUGCAUCCAUGGAUGUUAAAAGCUUAAGCUUUGCCAAGCUAAAAUCGUUUGCAACCAAGCUCCAUGCCUACUUGAUGCAGCACGGAGUCAUCGCAGAAAGCCCUGGUUACCAAAGUAUCAUCAACAUGAUUGCCAUGGAUAUCACCAAGAAAGGAGAACGUCGUAAAUUGAGAAAUGCAGAGAUCAAAAAGCUUCAAAACAUCUUGGCCCACUUGGAAGAAAAGCGAAACUUUUUGAUUGGCCAAGGUGAGAGCUACAAGGAAUAUCUUGAUAGCUGUAUGAAAAACAUGGCAGAGAAGCGAGGCAAGAAGCAAAAAUUUGUGUUUCCCUUCACUCGACAAUACUUUCAUAUCAAAAACUUGCAAAAGAGAGGCCUUGUACCCAAAUUUGGUUCAUUCAAGUACUCAGCCAAGACACUGUAUGACCGUGGUAUCAUUGUGGAUCUAGCUGGUGUUUCUCCAAAGUUAUAUAGUCGUAUCACGAUUAUUCUGUCUAUGGAUCGUGCUGGUAUUAUUACAUUUGAAGGGUACUUUCCUUUGCUCAAUACCCAAGAUCUCCAUGUGGAUGUGCAUUAUGAAGAUUUACUGCAAACUCAGUAUGAAGGUGUGCAGACCAUCAAGGUGUUGGAUGGUAUGGCAACUGUUAAUGUCAACUUGCUGAUAUAUUUAAUCAAUAAGAAGUUUUAUCACACUGCUUAAACGUAAAUACCUUUUUAAGAAUGGUGAUACCCAUGAAUACCCUAAUAAACUUAACUUUUAACUGCAUUUUGAAUAUAUUUUUUGCUUCUUUUUCAAAAGCUUUUAUCAUACCAUCAAAAUAAAACAGUAUCUCCUCAAAAUAUGAGAAAUUUGUAGAAUUUACAAAAAGCCGAAUUAUUGGCCAAAACACGGGUGGU